AUGAUCGACUACCCAAAAGCAAUCGCAUCUCAGGAGCAUCUCAUAUCAGGGUUCGUGCGAGAGCCUGAUGGCAGAGGAACUCUCAGUAUCCUAUUCAGUUGUCUGACUGUCCUCCUGCUCAACACAUGGACAGUCCUACACCUCAAUAUCCCUCCACACAGCACACCAUGGCGCAAUUAUUUACACAAAGUCAAGUGGUGGAUAAUCGCGAUGAUCUGCCCCGACGGUCUUGCAGUGAGCUCCUGCGAACAGUGGAGGAAUGCGAGGAGGUCUGUGAAAGCUCUGAAAAAGACGUACCCGUGGUGGACCACUACGCAUGGGUUUUAUGCCGAAAUGGGGGGCUACAGGAUUGUGUCGGCUAGUACCAGUGAGCAGAUGUAUAUCUUUCGUGUGAAAGAACUUAUAUGGAUGACCGAACAAGGAAUAUUGACUAUUCCUGAGAUUAGCGCCGACGAGCUUCAUGACAAAAGCAAUGCAGACUGGUUAGUGAAAGGUAUAGCAUUGGUACAGUCGACAUGGUUCAUGCUUCAAAUAUGUGCUCGUGUCAAUCAACACCUACCCAUUACAACACUUGAACUUGCAACAGUUGCAUUUAUCGGCUGUACAGGCCUCAUGUACUUUUUCUGGUGGCAUAAGCCCAUGGAUCUCGAAACCUUCACAGCAAUUCCGGACCCAGGUCUGACGUCCGCACAACUAUGCCGGCUGGCAAAAAGCAUAUGUCUCCUUCACGAGGUCUCGGAAUGGUAUCGGCCUCCUCCCAAAGAAGCGCAUGAUCAAGGCUGGGACUGGUUUUGGUUUGAGAAGCCGAUGAUCCUCAAACGUCUGAAGGUGAUCGGCAAAGAAGACAAAGUGCCAGCAGAUCUGCGGGCUGUCGUGAAGGAGAAUUUCACAGCACAUGCACGUAUAACCUCGUGGUACAUGCCUGCAGUGAAUGAAAGCCACAGCAGCGAGUGGGGUCCUUGGGAUCAUGUCUGCGUUUUUCUGGUGGGCACACUGUUCAACGGAAUUCACUGCGCUGCCUGGAAGUUUUACUUCCCAACGCCGACAGAAUCUUUGCUUUGGAAGAUUUCAACGUGUAUCAUGUUGGGAGUUAUCUACCUUUGGGUGCCGUUCUCUGGUUUGACUUGGUGGCUGCCGAAUCGUGGAUGGAUAAAAUCGAUUCCGUACUGGUUUGCAACUUUGAUUUACUUUCUGGCCCGAAUGUAUCUGCUUGUAGAAGUGUUCUUUGGGAUGAGAGCUAUGGAGCCUGCAAUAUUUCGGACUGUGGAAUGGACGGAGUACUUUCCGCAUGCAGGGUAA